AUGGCUGAACGCAGACCUAGUACUUCUUAUUCCCCCUCGGUAAUACCACCGUUGGCCGGAUUGGAAAAACCUCAGGAUCAGUACCUCAAGAUUGAUAAUUGUGACGUUUUGAUUUUAGGAACGGGAUUACAGGAAAGUGUAUUAGCAGCGGCACUCUCAUGGCAAGGUACUUCGGUUUUACAUAUCGACAACAAGCAGUAUUAUGGUGAUUCGAGUUCGACUUUGACAAUCGACCAAUUAAAAAAAUGGUGUGCUGAUGUCAACCAGAACAAGAUUCCUCAUUUUCAAGAUGCACAAAUUUAUAUACCUGGUGGGAAAUUGAACAAUCAGUACAAGUCCAAGGAUUAUGGUAUUGAUUUGACGCCAAAGAUUAUGUUUUGUCAAUCAGACCUUUUGAGUUUAUUAGUGAAAUCUCGUGUUUACCGUUAUUUGGAGUUUCAGUCAUUAUCCAAUUUCCACGUUUUUGAAAAUGACGAUUUCCAGCAAAAGAUCAACUCUACCACAAAGGAAGAUAUUUUCAUAGACAAGUCCUUGUCGUUGAAAACCAAAAGAUACUUGAUGAAGUUUCUAAAGUUUAUACUUUUGGACCCGGAUUACAAGCAAAAAAUUAAGCCAUAUGCCACACAACCUGUUCAAAAGUUUCUAAGAGACGAGUUCAAGCUUGAAGAUCCUCAGAUUAACGAAUUGGUGUUCUCUAUCGGUUUGAGCUACAAGGAACAAAUAAAUACCAAAGAAGCAUUUAUCAAGAUCAAAAGGUUUCUUUCAUCGUUUGAUGUUUAUGGCAAGUUUCCUUGUAUGGUGUCCAAGUAUGGUGGACCUGGGGAAUUGGCGCAAGGAUUUUGUCGAAGUGCCGCAGUUGCAGGUACAACUUACAAGUUGAACACCAGCUUAAUUGAUUUCGACCCAGAAUUAAAGAUUGCUCAUUUUAAUGAUGGCUCACACAUAAAGAUUAAUGAGAAAGUUGUAAUUUCGCCAACUCAAAUGCCCAAGUUUCUACAAUCAAGUUAUAAUCAAGCUACGGAGAAUUUGCAGCCACAUUAUGUAACUAGAUUGAUUACAGUUGUAAGGCGUGAUUGUAAAGAAUGGAUGUCUUCAAAUGAGUCACUGGCCAUCGUGGUAUUCCCGCCUCAUUCUUUACCUACAAACAACGAAUAUUCGGUUCAAGUUAUAAUCCAAAAUGGCGGGACUGGCUUGUGUCCCGAGGGACAGUCAAUUUGGUUUAGCCAAACUGUUGAGCAAGAUUUGAACCGAGCAAAAAGUGAUCUUGAGUCAGCUUACUCGAAAAUGGAGUUGUCUUUACUUAGGGAAUCUUGUAAUAAUAUUGAUGGAAUAUUGGAUGAAACAGAUUUUGUUAUGAGUGCACAAGGAACACCUGUUUUGGCCAAUUCAUUUAAAUUGGGCUCUCAUUUGCAGAAUUUCGUGCCAAAAGAAACUGUUGAAAUUGUAUGCAAAGUAGGUUACAUUGAACAAACUUUUGUUGCGAGCGAUUUGUCGAAUAUUUUCAAACCUACAAGUAAGAAUAACAUUGUGUUGAAGGAUAUUCCCGAUGCAAAGAACGAAAUCAUAUUCACCAAUAUGCCUAGUGCAGAAUUAUCAUAUGACGGAAUUAUUACAGACGUGAAGUCAAUAUACCAGCAAAUCACAGGUACAACGGAUGACUUUUUUGACGUAGAUUUUGAAGAUGAAGAGGAUGAGUAUGAUAGAGUUAAUCAGCCUGAUAUACAACAAAAGACGACCUCAUCCUCGGUUGCUGGAGGUAUAGUUGGAGGAGGAUCUGGAACCAAUUUGGCAGCUUUAAGAGAGCUGCGAAAUGGUAACAUGAGUGAAAAUGCAAUUGAUACCGAUGAAGAAGACAUGGAAGACAGCCACGAACCAUUUGGUGCCGAAACCAUGGAGUUGUAA